UGUUGGUGAUGUCCAUUCCUCCUGAUCAGCUGUGCCUCACUCCUGUCCUAGAGUCAAUUCAGUAUAUACUGGAGGAGGUGUUGGAGCUACCGGGCAAGCUCUGCAGACAGUGGUUGGAAAUGAGAGGACUCUCCGUGAUUGGUGUCCCUCUCCCGUCAAAACCCAUCGUCGUAUUGGGCUUGACUGUCUAGAUUAAGAGCGAGGGCACAUUUUGAUAACCAUUCAUGCACAAGUUUUCAAUUUGUGAAAGUGCAUGUAAGCCA